UAAAACCAUAUAAAAUUUACAUAUGGCGAACUCGCCAUGUUAUUUCUAUUUACUAAUUUAUUGAUAUAUUUACUAAAUACAUUUAAUUUCGAAGAAAUUGUAUGCAAAAGAAAACUACCAUAUAGUGAUCGUGGUGAUUAAAGCAAUUAUAUGGUUUUAUGACUCGAAGGCCGGUGAUGCCAUCGCUAUCGGGAGUUUUUGGUGAACAAAUAGAGUAAUUUCUAAUCGUAGGACUACGAAGUAUUAAACUUACUUGGGAAAGGGGGUUUUGCUAGUGUAUAUAGAGCAAAAUGUUUGCGCAGUGGUAUAGAAGUCGCAAUAAAAAUGAUCGACAAAAAAUUGAUGCAAGCUGCUGGGAUGGUGGAUAGAGUGGGUCAAGAAAUAGCAAUUCAUUCGAAAUUAAAGAACCCAGCUAUUCUUGAACUGUACACAGUUUUCCAAGAUGCUAAUUAUGUUUAUUUGGUAUUAGAAUUAUGUCAUAAUGGAGAACUUCAACGUUAUUUUAAAAUGCAAGGCUCUCGUGCAUUGUCUGAAGCACAAGCUGGUCAUAUAAUUAGUCAAGUAGUGCAAGGAUUAUUAUAUUUACACUCAUACCAGAUACUUCACAGAGAUAUGUCUUUGUCGAAUUUGCUUCUGACUAAGGACAUGCAAGUGAAAAUAGCAGAUUUUGGUCUAGCUACCCAAUUAACAAGGCCUGAUGAAAAACACUUAACUAUGUGUGGUACUCCUAAUUAUAUAUCACCAGAGAUAGCAACAAGGUCAUCACAUGGUUUGGAAGCAGAUGUAUGGAGUUUAGGGUGCAUGCUAUAUACUCUAUUAGUUGGCAAACCUCCAUUUGAUACAGAUGCUGUUAAAAGCACUUUGACACGUGUGGUGAUGGCUGAUUAUAUUAUGCCAGCUCAUUUAUCAGAUAAUGCUAAAGACCUAAUAGAUAAGUUAUUAAAAAAGAAUCCAAAAGAUAGAAUCCGCUUGCGUGAUAUUCCGAAACAUCCGUUUAUCACUAAUAUAAAAAAAAAUAAAUUAUACAAUGAAAAGAAUAAUAUGAACAAAGGAUUAUUGGGAGAUGGUAUCAUUGAUUCAGGGGUUGGAAGAACAUUGUCUUCAUAUGGAAGGCCAAGAAUGCGUUGUAGGUCGGAAGAGAGAAUAUCAUCAACACCCAUUAUGUCUAGUGCUCUUGGACCUAUGUUUAGCGCGAAAAGUGAUCCUUCAUCCGAGCCUGUUGUAAGAAUGCAUUCACAAAGAACAAAUGCUAUAGAUUAUCGCGCUAAAGAAUAUCCCGUAUUAACUGGAAUACCAUUAGUACCACAAAGUAAAGUUUUCUCACAAUGUGAGCUUUAUACCAGUUCCAAUGCAUAUCAGGAAAGUGACAAACACAAGUAUGAUAAACAUAGGAAAAAAGAAAAAGCUGAAAAUUGUUCUGAAAAUACAGAAAACGGUGGAAAAUUAUCAGUCUCACCUUUGUCUUCUAAAAGAUUGCAACCUGUGAGACAUAAGACAAAAACUGCAAUUCUUACUAUUUUAGAUAAUGGUGAAGUUUGCGUCGAGUUUAUUAAACGUAGAAAUGGCGUGGAAAAAAUAAGUGAAGUGUGUCGAAUAUCGAACGAUGGUUUAAGAAUUAUUCUCUACAAACCAACAUCAUUAACGAAUAUUGGUAAUCAACCACUCCCGUUACCGACUCGUGGGGCAGAUAGCAUUUAUUCAUACGAAAAUUUACCUGCCCAUCAUCACAAAAAGUACAUAUAUGCUUCUCGUUUCAUAAAACUUGUAAAAGCAAAAACUCCGAAAUUAACGAUGUAUACUGAACGAUCAAAAUGUCAGUUUAUGGAAAAUGGACCACAUCCAAAUUGUGAAAUUCACUUUUAUGAUGGAGUAAAGAUUGAACGUGUUGAUGGUAUAGUAAAAAUAAUGGAAAGGAGUGAUGGUUCCAUUUAUGUCGAGGGUGAAUUUCCAUCCCAUUUAGAUACAUAUUACGAACACUAUUCAGAAUGUUAUCAGCGUUGUUUGUUGAUAGAGUCUACUUUAACAUCUUUAGAAACAGCUACUGGAUAUUCCUGCUUUCCUAUUCUUAUUGGACGUAAGCCCAAUGCGGCUUUGAGUGAUUCUCCUUGUUUACAAGGAAAAGAGAAUAUUUCGCAAGCAACAAACAAUGCACCCGUCAUGCCAUCUUUUGAUGCUAGUUCUGUUAUUUCGACGGUAGCAUCGCGGUCUCGAAAAAUGAAUUCUAUACGAAAUAUUGGUAAUAGUUUUUGUAAAGUAUCAAUUCCAGGUAUAGGUACUGCGACAAAAUUAUCUUCUGGAGACAUUCAUGUUGAUUACAGAGAUGGUUCUACUUUAACUCUAAGUCCUCAGAGCAAUGGCAAUGAUAUAAUCUAUAAAGGUAAUAAUGGUAUGGUUAUAAAAUAUAAUCAGAAUUAUCAACAAAACGUGGAAGUACCACAUAUUGUUAAAGAAAAAUUAUGCCACUUACCUGGAGUUAUUAAAUACUUUGCUCAACCGAAGAGUAAGAACAUCCGGUAGUUUUUAGCUAUACAUUUAGAUAUAAAAUGUUUUGUAUAAAAUAUAGAGAGUGGGCCAAAUAAAAUAUUCUAAGCUAUUUCUACCCAAAUUAGUGCAGACACGGACUUUUUUUUAAACUAUUACAUAUCUAUGCAACAAAUUUUUCUUGGGCGACUACUGGAGGAACAAACGAAAUAAUAUUUGCCAUUUUUAACAGGCAAAUAAGAUAUACAUAGUCUAAAAAAUAGUGACGAAGAAUACUUUUCUGAUUUAAAAUUUAUAGAAAACUUUAUUAAUAUAUGAUAAUAUUAAUAUAACUUUCUAUUAUAAAAAAUAGGAGGAGCUCCUCUUUGUUCCCUCAGCAAAUUACUCCCUGGCUUUCCCAUCCCAUUUAAUUAAAAAAAAAGUGGAGCCUUGUUUGCAUUUAUUUCAAAGAAAAUAACUUGGAAUACCUUAUUUAACUCGCUCUUUGAAAAGUAAUUUUCUUAUAAUAAGAGCAAAAUUAUAUUUUUUAUAUUUACAUAGCAUAUAUACAAUAUCUUUUAAGUAGUUGAUUUUUUAAAUAUAAGGAGGUAGAUACAUCUUAAUUUUUUUUCUAUAUUUCUAAACUUAUAUCAGAAUUUUAUUAUAUAAGAUUCUAUAAUAAAAGAUUUAAUAUCUUUUAUGCUAUCAUAUACAAAAUAUAAAAUCAAAUGUAAUUGUCAAAUUUAAAAUAAAGGUAUCCAAGUCAAUAAAAA